UGUGACUCCGGGCUGUGGGCGCGCUCGCGGUCGUUCGGCCAUGGUUUUCUCAAAUAGUGAUGAAGGCCUUAUUAACAAAAAGUUGCCCAAAGAACUUCUCUUAAGAAUGCUGUUCAGCUUGUUGUUAAAUUUUACUUGGUCUAAUCCAGAAUGUACUAGAGUAUGUACAUAGCAUUGGUCUGGAUUCUUUUUGUAAUGUGAAUAUUUUCCUUCUUGGACAUAGUAACUUUGUGCCGAUGUGCACAGAUUUCCAAGGCUUGGAACAUCUUAGCCCUGGAUGGAAGCAACUGGCAAAGAAUAGAUCUUUUUAACUUUCAAACAGACGUAGAGCAUUUAGAAGAGAGAGACAGAAAAACAAAACUUGGAAGAUAUGUGCAUACAUGAAGACCAAAAUUCCACUGUGUUUUACUUUUGUUCUUUAUCAGUAACAGAUUGCUUUUCCCCCUGAAUCAUGUUUAUAAUCUAUUACUCUCAGCUUUUUAAAGUGCCACGCCUGCAUCCUUAACACCUGGUUUAGUGCUUUAACCUUAGGAAGCUUCAUCUGAAAGAUCUACUGGGAAUAGUAAUUCAGCAUUAAGAAUGGAGAAAGGGCAGGAACAAAAGCCAGAGAGUGAGGCUGACUUCUGAAGUGUCCCUUCAGCUCUGGCACUUAGUCAUAUAAUCUCAGUGCCUCUGUUUUAUUAUCUGUAAGAUAAAUAAGUAAUUUUAAAGCUUUUUGUAAUGCCAGGGUGGGGUAUGGCUCAGUGGUAGAGUACUUGCCUAAAACAAGGCCCUAGGUGUAGGCCCCAGCACUGGCUGGGGGCUGGGGGAGUGUGUGUUUGUAUAGCAUACAUAAAUACAUACACUGAAUAUAUUACAUGUGUGUGUAAUAUACAUAUAUAAAUAUAAAUAAAAUUCCAGAUUCUACAUAUUUAUGUGGAAAUCCAAAAAAAUCUCUAUUUAAGGGUAUUAAACCUGAUUACAUGAGGAAAUCAUUUUAAAGUAAUUUUAAUUUAAAAUAUCAAAUUUCUAACCAAAUAGUAGGGGGGGUGGAUUAAUACAGAGCAUUGCACAAAGUAAUUAUCUUGGGUGCUGGUCUGAGAGUCUUAAGAUACUUAAUUUUAUUGUCUACUUAAUGUUAGUAAAACCUUACUUAUUUUCAUUUUAAACAAUUCAGUAACAAUAGUGGAAUUGCAUCUUAAAUUACUUCACUCAUGUUAAAGGUUCUCAGAGUGUCUUACCAAGGUGUUUGUGCUUUAAUGGGGUCGAGUGGUAGAAAAUAUCUCGAAGCGAUGUGGUGGAUUCCUGAGGAAGCUCAGCUUACGAGGCUGCAUUGGUGUUGGGGAUUCCUCUUUGAAGACCUUUGCACAGAACUGCCGAAACAUUGAACAUUUAAACCUCAAUGGGUGCACAAAAAUCACUGACAGUGCAUCUGCUCUUUUCCAGCACGUGUUACAGCCUUAGCAGAUUCUGUUCCAAGCUGAAACACCUGGACCUGACCUCCUGUGUGUCUAUUACAAACAGCUCCUUAAAGGGCAUCAGUGAGGGCUGCCGAAAUCUGGAGUAUCUGAACCUCUCUUGGUGUGAUCAGAUCACAAAGGAUGGCAUCGAGGCGCUGGUACGGGGUUGUCAAGGCCUAAAAGCCCUGCUCCUGAGGGGCUGCACACAGUUAGAAGAUGAAGCUCUGAAGCACAUUCAGAAUUAUUGCCAUGAGCUUGUGAGCCUCAACUUACAGUCCUGCUCACGCAUCACGGAUGAAGGCGUGGUGCAGAUAUGCAGGGGCUGCCACCGGCUGCAGGCCCUCUGCCUUUCGGGUUGCAGCAACCUGACCGAUGCGUCUCUUACAGCCCUGGGUCUGAACUGCCCGAGACUGCAAAUUUUGGAGGCUGCCCGAUGCUCCCAUUUGACUGAUGCAGGCUUUACACUUUUAGCUCGGAAUUGCCAUGACCUGGAGAAGAUGGAUCUGGAAGAAUGCAUCCUGAUAACCGACAGCACGCUCAUCCAGCUCUCCAUUCACUGUCCUAAGCUACAAGCCCUGAGCCUUUCUCACUGUGAGCUCAUCACGGAUGAUGGGAUACUGCACCUGAGCAACAGCACCUGUGGCCAUGAGAGGCUGCGGGUACUAGAAUUGGACAACUGUCUUCUCAUCACUGACGUGGCUCUGGAACAUCUAGAAAACUGCCGUGGCCUGGAGCGCCUUGAGCUGUAUGACUGCCAGCAGGUCACUCGAGCAGGCAUCAAGCGGAUGCGGGCUCAGCUCCCUCAUGUCAAAGUCCAUGCCUACUUUGCUCCUGUCACCCCACCAACAGCAGUGGCAGGAAGUGGACAGCGACUAUGUAGGUGUUGUGUUAUUCUCUGACAGCCCACUGCUCAGGCCCAAGGGGUGAUGAGGUGUCUCUUCUUGUAGAGAAGACCAGUCUUCAUGAUUACUCCAUCAUUACUCAAAUCUCUUGCUUCUCCACUGGGAAAGGCAUUUACAGGUAAAAGCCUUCAGUAUGGAUUGGAGUAACUCUGGUGAUAGUGUUUCACCUUUAUUUUGCUGUGAUGCAAUCAAAACUUUGUGUCCAUUAACACGUGGCAAGAGUGGUCUUAAUGCAGCCAAGAUCACACAAGAAACCUGGAUCCCUUAUGAGGUGGGUACCAAUCUCUGUACAAAAGUCCUACCCUUGGCUUUAUCAGCAUUCCUCAAACAGACCAUCAGUGUUAGCACAAACUGAGCAGAAAAAUAUAACCUGUUGAUUUUCUACCUGAUCCUUAAGCCAGUGGCCUACUUUAAUCCACAGUAAUUGCAUUUUGAUUAGCUGGACUUUUCACUUUGAAGAUUAAAUAGCAAUUUUAUCAAAGUGACUGUAAUGCAAAUUCACAAUACCCAAAUAGUUUUAUAUGUAGAAACUUAUGUGGAAGGCAUGAUAAUAGGUUUCCAUGAGACACCAAAGAAAUGAGGACUCUAAACUGGGUGAAGCAGGGUCUUCACCUUUGUUAUCAGCCUGUCAUAUCCACCUCCAGGAACCAAAACAAAACAAAAGCAACUCAGUUUUUUGUUGCCUGAUUAGAAAUUACAAGCUCUGGCAUAUGCUACAGCACAUAAUGCAUUUUUAUUAUAGGGAAUAAAGCUAAUUAUUCCAUACUUCUCACCAAAUAUGGGGGAUCUAAAGAAACAGGAAUUAUUAAGUUAUCUCUAGUAUACAAUUAAAAACAAUGAAUGGAUGCAUGUAGAAUGGAUGUGAUUUUUUUUUAUUUUUAAAUUUUAGAAAUCAGGUUACACCAAAACUAUUCAAAAAUUUUACACACUUAAAACUCAGAAAAGUGUUGGCACCUUUUGGACUCACAAUAUAAAAAUGAAUAAACCAUUGCAAUACUUAAUUCAGAGGGUUUUAUUGCUAUUUUCUGGCACAUAAAUCUGAGUAAAACCGUUUUCCAAAUUCAGACCUCCUAAUGUUACCUGAAAUAAGAUAUGAUGCUAUAUGAGUCCUGCUCUGCACUGUCCACAUUUGUGAUCUUUAUUGAAGAUUAGGAACCCAUUACCACCUUCACUGUGAACUCAAGUGUUAAUGGCAGCUGAUCCUUGCAACCACUUCUUAGAACUCAUGAGAAAUAAAAACAAAAAUGCUUUCUAUGCUUUUAUAGACAAUGAUAAAAGCAUUUUUAAGGGGAAAAAUGCCUCAGCUGCAUUCAAAGAUGGCAGAUAAACAUAUACCCCCCAUAAAUUGACUUAGCAAGAUUGAGUAAGCAUUAAAGUACUGAGUAUUUUAUUGCUUUUUGAUAAACUCCAGUAUUUCCUAGUUAUAUGAAUGCCACAGCAGUGGCACUGUUAGGGAUGGAGGACAUAACUGAUGAAGCCAUUUAAGUGAACAAAUGAGCAUGUAACAAACUUGUUAAAAUGAUUAGUUUGUAUUAAAUGUAAUUGGUAGAGUGCUUUACCUGGCCACGUGUGAGGCCCUGAAUUUAAUCCCCAGCACUGGAGAAGAUUUUUUUUUUCUAAUGACCAGAGACUGCCAUACAUUCUCUCGAGUUAGGAUACAACCUCUCACUGCUAUUGGACUUGAUGCUAAACGAUCCAUGACCUCAUUUAUAAAAAUAGAGGGUUACCUCAAGUGAGAAAACCAGGUUUGCUUCCUCUGUAAAGAACAGUUUGUAGAAUAACCUGUCCUUAGUUUUGAGGGGAAAAAACCUACAAGAGCUUAGCCUCUUACAAUAUUUGUUCUGAGGUAUGUUCAGGACAGUGGCUCCCUUGGUUCUAUGACUCUACUUGAGAUGAAACUAGCAAGGUGAAAGUCAACUUGAAGUGAAACUAGCAAGAACUGACAUUUUAAAUGAGACACGUUUGCAAAACAAUCGGAAAACAUUUAUUGUACUGAAAUGUGUACAUCCUACUAUUAAAAAAACAAAGUAGCAAA